AUGAAUGAGUCUGUCAGUACAUCAACUAUAAUAGAAAGUGAAUAUAAAUUGGCUUUGAAGUUCUUUAUGAACAAGAACUUCAAUAAAGCUUUUGAAAUGAUAAAAGUUCAAUAUCAAAAUGUGUUCAAUAAUUACCAGGCCGAGAUUAUUGAAGAGAAAUUAUAUUAUAAGAUAAUUGACUUGUAUCUUAUAAUAGUUGGAAUGAUUUUAUUAUCUAAUGAAGUUAAGAUUUCCAAAUCAGAGAAGACAACCAUUGUUGAUGAUUUGAAAAAUGAUGUUAUCUUGAAUAACUUAUCGAAAUACAAGCAAGAUGAAAUUCCUACCGAAACCAUAUUCAACUUGUAUCUCACCAUUUAUAUAGGGUUAGAUAUUGAAGAAGCUUAUGAAAAAUUCAUGAAAAUGUACCCUAACUUGGAAAUCAAUGACAUAUACACGCAAAAGUGGUUGGAGUUAUUAAUCUUGAAGAUCUUACCAGGAAUGAAUAAGAUUAGUGAUGGGAAACAACUUGUUAGGGAGAAUAAUCUUGAUGAGAGAUUGUUAGACAGAUUACAAGAAUUGGAGAAGGAGAAAGAUUUAGAAUUUGAAAAACAGCAAAACUUAAAACACCAGAGAACAAGAGAUCAAAAGAAGAAAGAAUCCCAAGCAAAAUUGGAUAAAGAUUUAAAAUAUAAGUCAUUGAAACAAAUUAGAGAAAGUUCAGAAAUAGUCAAGCCUGAACCUCAAACCAAAGAUAUCGAAACAUUGAAAGAUAAAUUAUUAUAUCAAUUGAAAUUGACAAGAAAUUACUUACAGAAUAAUUCACCUAUACUUGCAGCGGUGGUGAUAAUGUUAUUGAUAGUAAUUAGAAUUUUGAGAGUUAAGAAAGUUAAUAUUGGCCAAAGUUUGAAAGAGACUUUAAAAAUGGCCUUUAAGAUCAGUUACUUAUAG